CGCCAUAAGUGAGCCGUAAGUGAGACGGAACUGAGCCGAGACGACCAUCGAACACAGCUAAUGUAUGCAUGCUUAAGGCUACAAAUAUUGACAAUUGUUAACAAUAUAAAUAUUACUGACUGAUAUAAUAGUGAUUGACAAAUAUUAUUUUUUUAAUGUCACUCAAAAUAUAUUAAAGUACAAUGAACACCAAAAUCCAACCAUAGUGUCAACUGAAAAAUCCAUAAAUAAAAAGACAUCAUCUCCAUGUGAAAGUUUUCAGUCGAUGCUUGAUGUGCAUCAUAGACAGUGAAAGAGAGACGUUGUUAUUAAAAAAACAAAAAGUGAGGUUAAAUCAUACCCGCAUCUAAUAUACUAGUCAAGAUUCACGAAGACUAGAAAUACUAAUGGUCGUUUGUCUUAAUGAAUACACUAUUGUGUAUAUUGUACUAACUACGAUUAAAUCAACUAUAGAAUAACUAAUAAUAGUAUAAAAAUGUCUGGAAAAAAGUGCACACAAUGUGGAUCAACUGAUAUUGAUGAAGAUUUAUCGCGAGGCAAUGUUUACUGUAAAAAUUGUGGUACAGUACUUGAAGACCAGCAGCUAACGAGUUCGACAACUUUCGAAGAUAACGCAUCUGGUGGAACCACUGUCGUUGGACAUUUUGUUUCAAGUGGCAGUACAGGUGGUUCAACAAACUUUGGUGGUAAUGGCUAUUCGAAUGGACGUGCCUCACGUGAAAUAACAGUGUCAACUGCCGAAAGGGGUAUAAAACUUUUGUGCAAUCAAUUGGGUAUAACAGAUUACAUUAGUGAUAUGGCUGUCACUUUUUACAGACAAGCACUUAGCAGAAAUAUGACACGUGGACGUGAUAAAAAUCUUAAUUAUGCUGCAUGCAUUUACAUAGCGUGCAGAAUAGAAAGAAUUGAAUAUUUACUUAUCGACAUAAGUGAAGUUUUACAAAUUGAUGUUUAUGAAUUGGGUAAAACAUAUCUUCAUUUUACAAAAGAACUUUGUAUUUCUGUUCCUACAUUUGAUCCGUGUCUGUACGUUGCGAGGUAUGGCCGUGAACUCGAUUUUGGUAACAAAACAAAAGAUGUUAUAAACACUGCUUCAAGACUUGUCAAAAGAAUGAAAAAAGACAACAUUCAUACUGGCAGAAGACCAUCUGGUCUUUGUGGGGCUGCUCUAUUGAUUGCAGCCAGACUUCACGAUUUCAAUCGGACACCAACUGAUAUCAUCAAAAUUGUUCAAGUACAUGAAUCAACACUUCGAAAAAGGUUAAUUGAAUUUGGUGAUACACCAUCUAGUGCCUUGACACUUGAUGAAUUUUUUGACAUUGAACUUGAAGCAGAACAAGAUCCACCAGCUUUUAAAGCUGCCAGAAAAAAAGAUCGUGAACGACUGGAACAAUUAGAACAUUUUGAUUUAAAUGAUUUUGAUGAUUUGCAACGUGAAAUUGAACAGCAGCUUAAUGAACAUACAAUGUCUAAAAGCCAAAAAAGAAAGAGAAAAAAUACCGAAUCAAUUGAAGAAGUUGAUACCAAUCGUUUUAUUGAAGAAAGUACGAUGAAUACUAUCAAUAGCUAUGUUAGUAAUAAAUCGAGCAGCCUUAAUGAUCUAUCUAAUAAUAACGAGCCGGUAGGUCUUGGUCCAGAUGUAUCAGCCAUGGGACUUGCUUCAUCUUUAUAUGAUACAUCAGAUAAGAAAACAACUAUCGAUCCGUUUGAGAGCACAAGUGGUGAGCUGGACAUUACUGGUCUUGAUGAUGAUGAACUGGAUAGUUAUAUACUUUCUGAAAAAGCUACUGACACAAAAGCAAGUGCAUGGACUGUAAUUAAUGCUGAUUAUUUGGAGCAAAUGAAGGAGAAAGAAGCUCAACGACUGAAAGAUAUAGAAGAUGGUAAACCGGAAAAGAAAAAACGUAAAACUGGUAGUAGAAAAAAAAAUCAGAUACCAGCAAGUUCAGCUGGUGAGGCUAUUGAAAAAAUGUUGCGGGAAAAAAAAAUAUCAACGAAAAUCAAUUAUGAAGUUUUAAAAAGUCUAAACACUAGUGUUGAAAAUAAAGAUUCGCAAGAUAAAUUAGAUGAAGUUGUGGCAACUUCAGAGAUAGUCAGGCCAAGUAAUGUUUGUUCGAUAAGAAUAUCAAAUAAACCAGCACCAACAAUACCGUCAACGUCAAGAUCACCUAAAAAAGAUGUUAAAAUUGAGACAAAAAUCGAGACAAAAUUAUCACCGAAGAAUCAAAUCAGUUUUAAUGAUGACGAGGAAGGUGGAGAAAUUGAUGAUUACGAUGAGGAUAAUGAUGAAGAAGCUGAACCUGACGAAGAUGACAUUAAUCGGAUUUGUAGAAAUAGUGUUGAUGAAAGCUAUGAUUAUGAUGAUUAUUAUUAGAAAAGUUCAAAUAUUCUUAUAUAAUUAUAACCGUUGGUCCAUUACUUCGCUUUUUUUAAAAACUAAUUCAUGGUAUAAUAUACGAGUUCUGUGAAUUCUUAGAUAAAUACGUAAUUUAUAAAGUUUGAUUUGAUCCACAAAGAGCCGAACAAUUACAAUGACAUAGGUAUAUAUUUUUUUUUAUUAUUAUAAAUACCAUUUGUUUUUUUAAAUAUAUAGUUCAUUUUCUGUAUUUAUUGGUACUAUUAAUAAAUCAUUAUUUAAAUUCAGUAUUAAAUAAUGAUUGUACAAAGCAAAUAUUAUUCCGUCGAAAUAAGUUUCAAUUAAAAAUUGACUUUAGCGAAAAUUACAUCAAUAAGACAGCUCUUUUGUGCAACGAUUGUAGUACACAAAAAUCACACAAAACGGAUAUACUGAUGACAGAAUAGGUGAGUGAUAAUAAUUUUUUAUAUAAAAAGCAUUAAGGUACAUUCUCAGCUACCUUCCGAAUAUAAGAAUUUCUUGAAAUUUAUACAGUAUGUAAUUGAAAUAUUGAUAAAUCAUUUCGUGAAAUAAUAUAUUAUGUUACAGACUUAUUUUUUUUAUAAUAAUUAAUUAAAGUUGGCUACUUUUAGAGAGGUUAAACAUGGGCUCUUAUGGGAGGGGAUGUUUGAAAUUUUUUUGAUCAUAACUAAAUUACAUUUCUAAAUAUAAGAUUUUAUUGAAAAACUGAUAGAUAAUAGUAAAAAUAAUAAGGAAUUUUUUAAUACCUGGUUUAUAUGGGGUUAGAGAACUGAUUUCGUUAUUUUAAUUAAAAAUAUGUGGUAAAAAGUUGUUUUUUUACUGAUUUUCUAAUGAAGAGCCAUAAUAUUGAAAAAGCGGGAAAAUUUAAACUUGCAUAAAAGAAAUUUGAUUACAAAAUAAUGGAGCAUCAUAAAUGCAAACAUUAAUGAAAAUAUUAUUAAAAAUGUUUUUAUUAACUAUAUAAAAUUGAGAUUGAUAAUAAAUAUUAAUAUUAAUUGGAUAUAAAUAAAAAACUUCAUACUGAUACAAAUCAGUGAUGCAUACUAACAAAAAAAAAUUUUUGUGUGCAAUAUUGAAAUGAAUAAAUAUUAUAGAAUAAUUGUUUUUAUCAAUAUAUAAUUGGUUUUUAUUGGAAUAUAUUGCAUAAGAUUAAUUAAUAAUGGAAAAAAUAAAUUGUUAACACAAAAAAAAUGAUCACGAAAAGUUCAAACUUUUAGUUUUUUGGGGUUGGUAGGACAAAAUCUUCAAUGUAAAAAGCAUAGGAUUUUAUUUAGGACACGCCCACAAAAUCUAGCUGAGAAUGUACCUUAAGGCUUGGGUGGUAGACACUUAGCCGAAAGGAUGUGAAA